GAGAAGAGGAGGGUGGGGGCAUGGCCGGGCUGUCUGCAGAAACUCUUGGUCCAGAUGAGGAAAGCAGGUCCAUGCUGAUGCUGAGUCACAGACAGGUGAACAAUGAGUGCCCUGCGGGAACCAUGGAGGAAUUAGAGCACACCUGCCCCCAGCUCCGGACGACUCUGAACGAGCCGGCCAUCUUUGCAGAUGAGACGAGCUGUGAAUGUCGUGCCCCCCAUGAGAAACUGACCAUAGCGCAGGCCCGCCGUGGCACACCCGUGGACCGGCCGGUCCGAGUCUAUGCUGAUGGGAUCUUUGACCUCUUCCACUCGGGUCAUGCUCGUGCACUAAUGCAGGCCAAGAAUCUGUUCCCAAAUUCGUACCUCAUUGUGGGAGUCUGCAGUGAUGAGCUCACUCACAGGUACAAGGGCUUCACUGUAAUGACAGAGGAUGAGCGCUAUGAGGCGCUACUGCACUGUCGCUAUGUGGAUGAGGUGGUGAAAGAUGCGCCCUGGAGACUCAGCCCAGAAUUUCUGAAGAAACACAAGAUCGACUUUGUUGCACAUGACGACAUCCCAUAUUCUUCUGCUGGCUCAGAGGAUAUUUAUAAACACAUCAAGGAAGCAGGAAUGUUUGUUCCCACUCAGCGGACAGAGGGAAUCUCCACUUCUGACAUCAUCACCCGAAUCGUGCGGGACUAUGACGUCUAUGCCCGACGGAACCUGCAGAGGGGCUACACUGCCAGGGAGCUCAAUGUCAGCUUCAUCAAUGAGAAGAAGUACAGGCUGCAGAAUCAGGUUGACCGGAUGAAGGAGAAGGUGAAGACAGUGGAGGAAAAAUCCAAGCACUUUGUCUACAAAGUAGAGGAGAAAAGCCAUGAUCUCAUUGUGAAGUGGGAGGAGAAAUCACGCGAGUUCAUUGGAAACUUCCUGGAGUUGUUUGGACCGGACGGGGCCUGGAAGCAGAUGUUUCAGGAGCGGAGCGGGCGGAUGCUCCAGGCCCUCUCGCCCUAUCAGUCACCGCAGCAGUCACCCCGCGGGUCUCCGAGCAGCAGCCCCACGCGGGAGCGCUCCCCAUCCCUGUCCCCCUCAUCCACCCGCCGCUGGCCCUUCAGCAAGCCCUCACCUCCCCCCUCCCCCAAGGGCGCCUCGGCCUCCAUAAGCAGUAUGAGCGAGUGUGAUGAGGACGAGAAGUAGAGAUACAGCACACACAUGCAUUAUAUGAACAGACACACAAACACACACACACACACACACACACACCUGCCUGGUCUCUCUCCUCCUCCACUUGUACUUGUAUACAAUCUCACAUAUUUCAUAAUGGCAGAAAUACACACAAACACACACAAAGAUGUACAAACAGCGACACACUCCCUCUCAAACUGGCUGACUCUUAAAACACAUAGGAAGCAGAUUGGCAAACAUACAUAAUCAUGCCCCAUACUGACACCAACACUUUGACUAUGCCUACUUUGAUCACUUACUUUGAUCUAGGUGCCCUUCAGAAAUCCAGUGUCCCACAGGGAAUUAUGGGUAGAAGGGAACGUAGAGGAUUCAUGGGAACUGCUGCAGGAUAUUGGAGUGCCUCUCCGCACAACUUGCUAGAGUAGUGAUUAGUAAGAAGAAAACUAGAAAGCAAUAACAUGUAUUUUAAUGGUUAAUGGUGUUAUGUGAUAACAUAAGGACACCUUUCAAGUUUGGGCUAUAAAUGUUGGCUACAUAGUAUACAAUCCAAUCCAAUGUUAAAUUCCUUGUUAUUACCAAAAAAGUUUGUAAAGUAUUUUUAAUUUUAUUUUCACUAUUUACACCACGUAGCAUCAGCUGUGAAUAAGGUUAUUAGGUAGCAGUAAUAAGAUAAUGCAUACAUUAGAUUAUGCAGCAGAGGUUUGUCCAACUAAAGUUGGAUAUGACCCGACUUCACCUUUAAUGGCUGUGAUUAGCUGAAUGACAACCUACUGUAAGCUUAAAGACUCUUCCUUUAGUUGGGGCCAUAAGGCUAUGAUUCUAGCCCUCAAAAUGAGGGCUGGCAAAAAACAUCCCUAGGGCUAGUGGGACUGUGAUGUCAUUCUCUCAGUUGUUCAGGAUUGAUAUAUUUAAUCACUAAAAAGACUGUUCCUGCAAUGAAUGUUUCCAUACUUUUAUUUGUAGUCAUUCAUGUUUAACUAAAUCCCAGUUAUAAAUAUAAUAUACAUGGAAGAGCAGUUUAAUUUUACAACAAAUGCUAAUUCGGUACUUUGUGUUUCUGUAAAAACGUAAACUGAAUGUAAUUGUACUGUACAGCCAAACUUGUGGAGGGACCUUUGAGGACAGUCACUCAGAGGAGGGAAUACAGGCCCUGAUAGGCCACUUGAACUCAAUGAUUUUAUAUGUGUGCGUAUCUGAGUGUGACCAAGUGAAUGAAAACAAACCUAACUUCAAUACACAUACUAUUGAUCGGUCUGCUUUCCACUCAGGAGGAAUGAAAGCUCAUUCACUGGCGAAGGGCCACAGUACACACCCGGGAACAGAGACAUGCUAUGCCUAUGCUCUGUUCAACGGUAUUGGUUUACUUUUUCCUAUGCGACUGAAUGAGGGUACUUUGUUUACAUGUCCAUUCCCACUGUAUUCCAGAACAAACCCUGUACUCAGCACUUCCAAAAGUCAUGUUCUUAUUGAAAGAAACUCUUUUGAUCUAUUUUAUUUAAUUACAAUAGACAGUGAAAAUAAAUGACUGGAUAUGUAAAUAAAAGAUACAAAACACUCA